UAGCAGGAGGAGUCUGAGAGACGAGACGAGAGGUAGAGAUGGUUUCACUGAAGCUAUAGAAGCGGCUCUCCGCGAGCGUUCUCAAGUGUGGGCGAGGCAAGGUCUGGCUCGAUCCCAAUGAAGUCAAUGAGAUCUCCAUGGCCAACUCUCGGCAAAACAUUAGAAAGUUGGUUAAGGAUGGUUUCAUUAUUCGGAAGCCGACUAAGAUUCACUCUCGUUCCCGUGCCCGGCGCAUGAAGGAGGCCAAGAGGAAGGGACGUCACUCUGGAUAUGGUAAGCGUAAGGGUACAAGGGAGGCAAGGCUGCCCACCAAAAUCCUAUGGAUGAGGAGGAUGCGAGUUCUUAGGCGCUUGCUUCGCAAAUACAGGGAGUCAAAGAAGAUUGACAGGCACAUGUACCACGACAUGUACAUGAAGGUGAAAGGUAAUGUUUUCAAGAACAAACGUGUGCUGAUGGAGAGCAUUCACAAGUCAAAGGCUGAGAAGGCAAGAGAGAAGACUUUGUCUGAUCAGUUUGAGGCUAAGAGGGCAAAGAACAAGGCCAGCAGGGAGCGGAAAAUUGCUAGGAGAGAGGAGCGUCUGGCCCAGGGGCCCGGAGAAAAACUACCGGCAGCAACACCUGCUACUCCUCUCACUGCGGCAUCUCAACCUACGCAGGGAUCGAAGAAAUCCAAGAAGUGAAACCUAUGACAGGUGCACUGGAGGAUGUAAGACUAUUGCUGGUCCUUGCUUUCUUUGUCCCUUUUUUCUUAGAGAUAGUUUCGAAGAGUCGGGUUUAUUUUAUUUUAUUUUAUUUUUGACCUUACUAGUUACUACCUAAUAUCCUAGAUGAAAGUAGUUAAUAAAAUCUCUGUACUUCUGCUCAAUUAAGUAUUUUGUUUUCUCGGUUUUCA